CGACUGACGCUCUGGAACCGUUCUCUGUCUAGGAGCCAGCCGCCGCCUCGGCUCCCGGUGGGUCCCAGCCACAAGUUCGCCAAUAACUAUUACUGCAGCCGGGACGGGCGCCGGGAGUCUCUCCCGCCCAUCGUGGUCGCGGCGGCGCAGAAAACCCUCGCUGCGGGGGCUCAGGCGGGCAGUUCAGGUUCUGCAGUGACAACAGCUGAGAAAAAACCAGUGACACCAGGACCAGCACUUAAGAAGUGGGAAAUCUCAAAAGACCAGCCCUAUUUGUGA